CACCCUUAAUGAAUUAUUAACAAUAGUAAAAAUUAUUGCAGCAGGUUCAACCUCCUAACUUGAGUCCUCAAUUAUUGUGUAAAGUACUAACUGAACUAUUAACAACCCCUUCGGUCGUAAAAAAAAAAAAAAAACUUUUUUCAUUGUGUUAUGGAAAUGAACAACUGAAAGUGUGAUAUCAGAAGAAACCACCGCCGGCUCAGCCGUCGACCACCGCCGGAGUCUUGGACCUGAGUUUCCUUUUUUCUUAUUCAGAGGAAAACAAAACACUAAAGAAAAUGCCAAGAAAUAUGGGUUUCUUCUUACUCGGUCUACGUAACUAUAAUCACAGUUUCAUUUUCAAUCCAAGAACUCGAUUACUACACUCCCUACCAUCGAAUUCCACUGACCCAAUUGGAGAAACAGCAAUUUUUAUUCAAAACAUCAUCAAUUUUCGAAGGCAAAAACCCACAAAUGAAAUCGAGAAAGCUCUUGAACGUUGUGGUUUCGAGUUGACAGAAGAUUUGGUUUUGAAUGUACUCCAUAGACACCAUUCAGAUUGGCAACCGGCUUAUGUAUUCUUCAAUUGGGUCUCUAAAAAAUCUGAUCUUUCAAUUGGGUCUGAGCCAUACAACAAGAUUCUUGACAUUCUUGGUAAAAUGAGACGUUUUGAGGAAUUACACCAAGUGUUCGAUGAAAUGUCUGAAAGAAAAGGUCUUGUGAAUGAAGUCACUUAUGGGAUUUUGCUUAAUAGAUAUGCUGCAGCACAUAUGGUGGAUGAAGCCAUUGGUGUGUUCAAGAGGAGGAAAGAUUUCGGGUUCGGGUUCGAGCUUGAUUUGUUAGCAUUUCAAGCACUUUUGAUGUGGUUGUGUAGGUAUAAACAUGUUGAAGUAGCAGAGAAUUUGUUUUACUCUUUUGGUAAACAACAUGAGCUUGUUUAUUCAGAUAUUAAGACAUGGAAUAUUGUUCUUAAUGGAUGGUGUGUAAGAGGGAAUGUUCAUGAAGCUAAGAGGUUUUGGAGUGAUUUACUUGCUUCUGGAUGUCACCCUGAUCUUUUCACUUGUGGGAUUUUUAUUAAUGCUUUGACCAAGAAAGGGAAGCUAGGUACAGCAUUGAAGUUGUUCAGAGCAAUGUGGGGUUAUAAGAGAUGUAAUCCAGAUGUUACAAUAUGUAAUUCUAUCAUUAAUGCACUUUGUUUCAAGAAAAGGAUUCCUGAGGCUUUACAGGUUUUCGAAGAAAUGAAGGAGCGAGGUUGUGAACCGAAUGCUGCAACAUACAACACUUUGAUUAAGUAUCUUUGUAAUAUUCGGCGAAUGGAGAAGGUUUAUGAGUUUGUCGAUGAAAUGGAACGGAAACAAGGCGAUUGUUUGCCGAACCAUGUUACUUAUAGCUUCUUGCUUAAGUCUUUGAAAAGAGCAGAAGAGGUUCCUGAUCUUUUGGAGAGAAUGGAGAGGAAUGGUUGUAGCUUGAUUGGUGAUACUUAUAAUUUGUUGUUGAAGUUGUAUAUGGAUUGGGAUUGUCAAGAAAGAGUUGAACAAACUUGGAAUGAGAUGGAAAGACAUGGUUUGGGGCCUGAUCAAAGGUCUUAUAUAGUUAUGAUUCAUGGCUAUUGUGAUAAAGGGAGAAGAGACGACGCCUUGCGCUAUUACCGGGAGAUGAAAUCGAAGGGUUUGAAAUUGGAACCAAGAACAGAGAAAUUAGUUGAUUCUAUGAAUUUAAAUUGUGAUGAAAAGAAAUUAGCUGCAUAAGUUGCACGAGUUAAGAAUCAUGACAAUUAAGUUUUGUUUCUUUCUUUUGAUGUAUCAUACAAUGUAAUUGUAUUUUGUUGAACUAAUGAAAGACACUUCUGAGUGUUGCCAUGUUGUUGAUA